UUGCCUCUUCAUUUCAGUUGAGUUUUUCAACUGGAAUGUCAAAGUCAGACUCAUAGUUUUGUUGCCACUACAUCGAAUAAGCAUCGAUAGUAAAUUUUAAAAGUGAAUUGAAAGAAUUCCAAUCAACGAUGGUAAACAAACGCGAAAAAGAGUCAGAUCGAGAAUCGAUCGAUAGUAAAAAACAUCGAAAAUCUAAUUCUAGCAAUUCAACCGAAGUACCAGCCAAGCAAGUAAAAGUUGAUGUUUAUGCGAAUGUCAUUCAAUUCGAAGAGGAAGAAUCAAAAAAACGAUCGGCUGAUGUGGAUGCCGAUUUAUUUUUAGAAACGUGUGAAAAAUUGAAAACAAUUUUCGCUGAAAUUGCCCAACUUAAAACGCAAAAUUCCAGCAAAGCACAAGAAGAAAUCAAAGCCAAACGAAUUACCGGCUCAUUUCUAUUUGCUCAACUAAAGAAACUUAGUCGAUUGGAUAAGGUGCGGCUGCGUGCCGGUCGUGAUGCAUUGCAUAAGGAAAAAUUAACGGUCGAUAGUAAUAAAUUGCAAUUACAAAAUCUACUGUAUGAAGCCGAUCAUUUGCGAAAAGAAGUGCAACAAUGUUUUCAAUUCAAGAGCCAAGACGAAGAAAUCGAUUUGGUUGACGAACAAAAAUUCUAUGAAGAGGCACCGGAAACGAUAUCACGACCGGAAAAAACACAAAACGAUGAGCAUGCACGCCGCUUGGCACGACUUGAAUGGGAAUUACAUCAACGCAAGGAAUUGGCCGCAAUGUGUAAAACAUUACAAACAGCCAAAGAGAGUGUUGCACGUGAAAUUGAUUCGAAAACAAAUCGACUGCAAUCACUUAUGCCUUGUUUGGAUCAAUUGCUAAAGUCAACACGACCGCUACAAGAUGCACUUGAAAUUAAUAUCGAAAAAGAAUGGAAAACGGAAAAAAUAGCACGAUUGUUACCGCGACCAUUGUAUGUGGCAUACGUGAAUUUAAGUGCAUAUGCCGAAAUCAGCAAUAAACUUAUCGAUACACGCAUCGUUGGUGAUGAGGAUGAAGCAAAAGAACUUGAAAGCACCGAUAAAGUGGAGAACGAAGGUGAAAAUGCUGGCGAUGAAUCAGAUGACGCAGGAGAUGACGAUGACGAUCCGGAAAAUGAUGGACCACAUUCAUCAAAAAAACAUCACCAUCGACGCCAAUUGAGCACCGUGACGACUGAAGUUAAUGUAUACAAACCACAUCCAUUAUCGAUUACAUUCAAAUUGCCAGCAGCUGCAUCAAAUAACGGACCAACGUUGUCAAUUACAUUCUAUUUUCUUCCGGCAUUACGUUUUGUGACUGUACAAACAAAAUUGGUUGAUUUUGAAACAGAAGGUGUUGCAGCCAGAGAUGUAUUGGAUCCAACAAAAAUUAUGAAUUGUUUAUUGACGAAUGAAAAUGACGAUAACGAGGUGCUUCAUCCAAAAACCAAAUACACAUUGCAUCAUUUGUCAUUGGAUCCGUCCACAUUUUUCAUGAAAUUGGGUGAACAUCAAUUGGGCAAACCCUUUACAUGGGCACAAAAUUUGUGCGGUUUGAAUUUUAUCGUUAGUUCAAAAUCGACGGUAUCAACAUUUUCAAAUAAUGAACAAACGCAAGAAACGGUACCAGAAAUUGUUGAAAAAAUGCAUACACGAUUGAAGGCACGUUAUCAAUUGUAUCGGCAAGUGUUGGCAUUAGAGCAACUCAUUGGAAAUGGUUCGAAAGGCGCCGGUACAAAUGCACCAUCUUGUAUAUUAGCACAAUGGUCACCAAUUACUUUUGUUGAAUACGCUGAACGUACAUUGGCCACAAGUCGUUUUAUUGAUGAAAAUUUGGUCACGUCAAACCAUCUCUUGUAUCAUGCUGUAUUGAUUCGUGGUUCGGCCAAAAUGGAUGGUUUUAUUAGUGUUUCGCCGAAUUUCCCAGCUGAAUGUCCAAUAUGGGCCAUAACACUCAACGUGAACGGAUCUCGAUUGCUUUCAUCGAACAGCAAUGACAUUAAGGAGAUGGAGUAUUGGAUCAAUUCCAUUGAAUCGUUCAAGAGAAAUGUGUCGAACGUAUUAAUUUUGCAGUUGAAACGUGCGAUGUCUUCGUUAGAUAUUUUCAUUGAAACGGAAUCGAUACGAUUAUCGUCGUCUUCAAACGAAGUUAAAGCUGAAAAGACAUUCUUAAAUGUAUUUCGAGGAAGAGCACGAUCACGUCCAUACAAAGUCAUUCAGAAUGGUGGUUCUGUUAUUUAUACUCAAAUAUAAAAUGCAACAAAACAUUGAUUGGCAUCAUGUUAUAUACCAACUUAUUUCACAUUUGUUUUUUGUUU